CGCGUUUUCAGUUAAAUAAAUGUGUUCAAAGUGUUUACUUGGUGUAUUAUGAGAAUAACGGCGAGUGAAAAAUAUUUCAUUAUUUUUUGCUUCCUUGCAGGCAUUGUAAGCUGUUACGAUGUUAGUUUAUCGGAACGAAAUCUCAAAAUGGAGAUCAAUAAAUGGUCCAACUUUACGGUACAUGUUGAGACUAAGGAAUCUGUAUACAUAACCAGUGUAACAAUGGAACUUAAUCAUACUAGUGACAUCAGAGUCUCUCCAAAGAUUGUCGAAAUACAUACCAAGAAUUUCUCUAGCUGGUGCCAUAUGUUUCACGUAUACGCUAUUAAGCCAGGUACAUCAAGAAUUCAAUUUAAUUUUGGAAACAGCUCCUUAAGAGACAAAGGAAAAGACUUACACAUAGACGUAGAUGUAGUGAAGAUGAGAGGUUUAGAGCCCUAUGCUGAUUGGUGCCGGAAAUAUUACUACAUAUUCAGCAUAUUAUCGGUAUAUCCACAGAUAUUUUUGCAGUUUCUUCGGCUAAGUGUAGUUGGACUUGACAUGGACUACGUCUGUUUCAAUUUCAUUGGUUACCUUUCUUACGGAAUUUAUACAACUUUCACAUACAAUAAAGUGGCACCCCACAGUGAAGGGAAUCUACAAGAAGAUUUUUCGGUAACUUUGACUGAAAUAAUGUAUGCGCUACAUGGUCUAGUCAUCUCUACUCUUCUGGGACUUCAAGCGAUUAAGUACCAUGGAAUCGAUAAAAGAGUUAGUGUGGUCGGGAAGGAACUGAUUAGUUUUUAUGGAAUCAUUUUCACAUUUGGACUUCUACUUGCCAAAUUUAAUGUUAUGCAUUACAGAGAUUUCCUGUAUAUCUGCUAUUAUAUCCACAUUGCAUCGGCAAUCACGAAAUAUAUGCCGCAGUUAUAUAAAAAUUAUGUUAUUAAAAGCACAUUUGGAUGGAGCAUUUGGACUUCCAAUUUGGAGUUAAUCGGGUGCAUUUUUCUCAUCAUUGGUAUAUUCUUAACUUCAUAUAAUUAUGAAAAUUGGGCGAAUAUCCCGACUGAUGUCUUAUUUUGGAUGGCCUGCGCUAUUUCUCUUCAGCACACCGCUUUCAUCAUUCAACACUAUUUUAUCUAUAAAAAGUGGCUAGAGUUCGAUCUAAGCGAGCUGCAAGAAAUCACACUCCAGGAAAAAAUAUCUCUGUAUGAACAAAGGCUGGACCAUUGUCACUGUUGAAAUCUUAUGAAUAGAUCUUACACGCAUUUUUUUAUAUGUAAUAAUUUGUCUGUUUUAUAUUAUACUUAUUAAUACUA